CGACGUUGUCGCGCGACUGGCCGAGACUCGCGGCGCCGCGGAUACGACGGUGGUCGCCGUUGCGCGUCGAGCUCCGCAACGACAAGAACUGCGUUGUUGCGUUUGCGUCGCAACCGUGACCGAAACGCAAGCCUCCUCGCAGGCAGGAACCUUCGUUCGGCGACAGCGGCGGCGGCGGCGUGCAAGUACAGCGUCGAACGGCGAACGGCCCACUGACUGACCGAGUCCCCACUGGCCGCUGGCAAAAUGGCCGAUGACCGUGGCGCGGCUCCUUCGAAAGGGAUCCCGGCGCGCGAAAUCGAGACUGGUAAGGACGGACUUGGUGAAGCGUGCCGCCGCCGUUCCUCUCCUCUCUGCGUACGCUCGCACCUGGUUAGCGCGCCUGGAUCCGGAACGAUGGGCGCGUGUUGACCGGCGGGCGCUACGUUUCGCCUCGCAGCAGUCGCAAGCAGUCAGCGGACGUCGUCGCGCGCGCCCACCGUCGCCGUAUGCGGUAAUUGCGAUCUAUUCGGAAUCAAAGAACUGCUGAGAUGAGUGACAAAAAGACCAUUCAAAAAUUUGCUGAAGAGAUUAGAAAACAAGAUCUUGGGUCUCAUCCAGGCAUUCCCUUACAAAGUAUUGAGAUGAAAAUUGCAAAGGAAACAUUGGAACCAAUAGCUGGAGGAAUUCAACAAAUUUAUCAUCCUGAAUACAACCAUGGCUAUGCCGCGUAUAAAGGGCCGUAUGCAUACAUCUCUAGACAAUCGCUUGUUUUGUCUCAGAAAGAGAAACAAGAAAAUAUAGAUGAAUACAUGAACAGUAAGUUAAGGGAGACAAAAAUUGCUGAAGAAUUUAAAAAACAAGAUCUUGGGCCUCCCCCAGGCAUUCCCUUACAAAGUAUUGAGAUGGAAAUUGCAAAGAAAACAUUGGAACCAAUGGCUGGAGGAAUUCAACAAAUUUAUGACUCUAAAGACAACUCUGACUCUGCCGCGUAUAAAGGGCCGUAUGCAUCUACACAAACGCUUGUUUUGCCUCAGAAAGAGAAACAAGAAAAUAUAGAUGAAUACAUGAACAGUAAGUUAAGGGAGACAAAAAUUGCUGAAGAAUUUAAAAAACAAGAUCUUGGGCCUCCCCCAGGCAUCCCCUUACAAAGUAUUGAGAUGGAAAUUGCAAAGAAAACAUUGGAACCAAUGGCUGGAGGAAUUCAACAAAUUUAUGACUCUAAAGACAAUUAUGACUAUGCCGCAUAUAAAGGGCCGUAUGCAUCUACACAAACGCUUGUUUUGCCUCAGAAAGAGAAACAAGAAAAUAUAGAUAAAUACAUGAACAGUUCCUUAAGGGAGACAAAAAUUUCUGAGAAGCUUAGAAAACAAGGUCUUAGGCCUCCCCCAGGUAUUCCCUUAAAAAGUGCUGAGGUAGAAAUUACAAAAGUAACAUUGGAACAAAUGGCUGGAGGAAUUCAACAAAUUUAUGACCCUGAAGACGACAAUAAUUAUGCAUAUCAAGGUUCGUAUGUAUCUAGACAAUCGCUUGUUUUUCCUUCGAAAGAGAAACAAGAAAAUAUAGAUGAAUACAUGAACAGUUUAUUAAGGGAGAUACCUGCCACGAUUGCUACUGGAUCUCUUCGAAACUGGAUUGAAAUGUUAAGAAGGCUAUCGGAAACCUGUCAAUAUCCAGAUCAUCGAUCAUUUUGGCAGAUUCGAUUUCUUGAUAUUAAUGCAUUACUGAAUUUAAAAUGUAACCAGAGAGUUGUGGAAAUUCUGGAAAUGUUAUCGAAAGAUGUAAUGAAAGCUCAAGGAUAUUUGGAUGGAUACUUUAAGGCUAUUGAAGAUCAGAAACAUAGAGAGAAACAAAAAACAGUAGAUGAUCUUGAGAAAUUACUUAACGCUCAAAAUGCUUCACAUUUAAUGUUAUUAAGAGAAACCUCUACACAUCAAAAGGAAACUAUUCAAUUUCUUAAUCAGAUUAAAACAGCUUCAAAUAUAAUUGCUGACUUUCGAUCUGUUAUUGCUCAACUUCAAUUACAAACAAAUAGACUUGAAAUUUUAUCAAGAACUCCGACGUCUCCGGCUACCAAUGCUGCUGCAAGUGUUGCAUCAACCCCUUCCACGCCUCGUUCCACAUUGGUUUAUGAAUUAUCUGAGGAUGGAAUUUAUUUCAAUGCUUAUGCUCAAAUUGAAAUUUCUGAUGGAUAUUUAACUUAUGUCACCCCAAAAAUGCCAACUUGCACAUUUCUUAAUAGAAUGUUGGAAUGGCCAAUAGCAGGAUGGAAAUUAGUACUAAAUUUAGAUCUACCUAAGCUUAUCAAGAGAAUCGCUUCGAAACAAAAUGAGUUUGAAGAAAUUGCACGUUUUACAACAGGAGAAGGACCUCAAUUGACAAGAUUAUUGGAUGGAAUUCCCAGGAAACAAUACCAAUGGCUUCGAAAGGCAUCUUCUUCCUAAUCUUUCUAUAUGUAUUAAAUAAUUGUUUUAAAAUGUUUUACCUCAUGCUAAAUGUAAGAUGAGUUGCCAAAGCAUAUAAUCUACUUUUCUAUAUUUUGUAAGAGUUUAAAAUAAAUACGUACAAUAUUAAAAAUAAAUAAAAAAAAAUA